CUCAACUCUCAACUUUCUUCUCUCUUUAUUACACAAAAAAACUCAUAAACAGAUUAAAAAAAAUGUCAGAGGCUAAUGAAUUUGCAGCUGUAACUAAAGCUUUCUCAGGACUUGGUGUGGAUGAGAAUUUGUUCAUUUCAUCAUUGGGGAGAUGGAAUCGCUAUCAAAGGGAAUCGUACAGAGUAAGCACUCCUGGAUUUUUCAAAGAAGACGAACGCCAAUUCCAGAGAUGGAGUGAUCACCAUAUCCUUCAGCUUCGUCAAGAAUUUUUGCGUCUCAAGGAUGCAGUAGUGUUGUACACAAUGCACCCAUGGGAAAGAGAUGCGCGUUUGUUUAAAGAGGCGUUGCUAUUGAAAAUACCUCAACAUGAUGUUCUCAUUGAGACUGCUUGCACUCGAUCCUCUGAAGAUCUUUUGGGUGCUAGAAAAGCAUAUCAUUCUCUUUUCGAACACUCAAUUGAGGAAGACAUUGCUCACCAUAUCAAAGCUCACGAAAGAAAGCUUCUAGUUGCUCUCGUGAGUAGCUACCGUUAUGAAGGGGCAAAAGUGAACGAGGAUCUAGCAAAAUCUGAGGCUAAAAUGUUUGCGAAUGCACUUGCUAAAAAGACUAAUCUAAUUGAAGACGAAGACAUUGUGAGGAUACUCUCAAUCCGAAGCAAACACCAUCUUAAGGCCAUCUAUAGCCACUACAAGGAAAUGACUGGCAACUUCCUGGAUGAGGAUCUUGAUGGUGACUUGCUCUUGAAACAAGUAGUUCAAUGCCUUUGCUCACCACAAACAUACUUUAGCAAGAUUUUGAUCUCGUCCUUAAGUUUGGAUGUGGAAGAAUCGGCUAAAGACUCGGUGACUCGAGUCAUAGUUACAAGAGCAGAUGAAAAUGAUAUGAAGCUAAUCAAAGAAGAAUUCCAGAGCAAAUAUGGAAGUACCCUGGCUGCAAAAAUUCAACAAGUUGCUAAUGGAAGCUACAGAGAUUUCUUGCUUACCAUAAUUGCAAAAUCUGACUAAUUUAUUUUGGCCAGAUUUUCCAAACAGUUGUUCCAUGUUCUCAAAUGUUUUGUUUAGUUUCCCCUUUUGUUUAGUUUGUUUUGAGGUUCUUUGCUCAAUUGAUGUAUGAUUGCAAUGCUCCCAUUUCAAUCGAUCAAUUUCAACAUCAUACUUUUUAAAUGUUGCAAUAAAAUAUAGAGCACUUCGAGCUUACGAAUAAA